AUGAAACGGAAGAGCGAAGAUGACGAGGAAAAUGUGCAAGACCCGAAGGGCGAGGCUUUGAGCUGUAUGAGCAAGAAGGCAAAGGCCAUCCUCGCCGCGGGUCCUCUGGUGCCUCCGCAUUACCCUCUCAUCGAGUGGUCGACCAAUGUCUCCAGAAGCGACAAUCCCGUUACGGAUUUUCUCUUCGAGUUUAUCCCCGUCGAGAAAUCCCAGAAUAAUCCAGGAAGUGCAUGA